AUGUCGCUGCCUCGCACCGUCCUGCGCACCUCGCUGCGCAACCUGCGCACCGCCACGCCCCUCUCGGCACCUCGACUCGUCCCCGUCCUGCCCUACCUCGCUGCCGCCCCCUCCUCCUCCCUCCUGUCCAUCCCCGCCGCACCGCCGCGGGCGCUCCACACGACCGCACCGCGUCCCUCGCAAGCGGGCUGGUCAUCCAAGGGCGAAGUCAAGUACUCGGAGCUGAAACCCAUCACGUCGUCGCCCAGCGGCGAGAUUACGCUGAUCGACGUGCGCGAACCCUCCGAGGUGCAGGAGGGCAUCAUCCCCUCGGCCGUCAACGUGCCCCUCUCGACGUUCAAGGACGCGUUCAAGACCGACAGACAGGCGGAUGACUUCCAGCGCCGCUUUGCCUUUGCUCGGCCCGCCUACGACGAUAAGAUCGUCGUCUACUGCCGCAGCGGAAAGAGGAGCCAGCAGGCCCUCGAACACCUCAACAAGCAUGGCUGGAACAACGUGAGGAACUACACCGGCUCGUACCUCGACUGGGUCCAGCAGGAGCAGCAGAACAAGGGUCAGGACGACGACUAG